UAACUGCAAUAAGCACUUAGCACAACACCUAGCACAUAGUAGGUGCUUUUUAAAUGUACCUAGAGACAAGGGGUAAGCAGCCAAGUGUCAGAGCCAGAAUUUGAAUCUUGGUCUCUCUUGAUUCUGAGUUCAGGACCUUUUCUACUUGGGACUCUAGUUUUUAAAAAAUGGAGCGCUCAGUAGCUUUAUCUUAAAAUCCAGGGGGAUUUAGGCAACAAAGUGGGGCGGCGAAUAAAAGUGUCAGGUUGAGGCAGAAAGACACAAAGAAACUUAGUAGUUUUGUGACUUUGACAGAUCUCAUGGUGUUGUAAAGUGCUAUGAAUAUUUAUAUCUUUAGAUACUGAUUUAUUUCAGGCCCCUCAUUUGUGGCUGACCAGCAGCUGAGCCGGGACUGGUGAAUGGGGCUCCUGAGUUCCAUUGGAGGGAAAAUAAUAAUUUCAUUAGCUCGAAUUCCAUCGAGCAGCUCGAGGUUGAAAUCCUAACUAGGCCACAUCCACCAAGCCAUCUCCCUAGCCUUAAGCUCCCCGACAGUGUCUUAUCAUAUACACUGCAGCUAAUUGAAGUAAUUAGACUCAUGACACCCUGGGCUGCUCCUCGAGGGCACCUUGGAACCUUGCCCCGGUUCCCGAGCAAGUGGGGAUCUCAUAAAUGCUUUCUGAGGAGAAUAAUGAUGGUCUCACCCAGUUCAGCGAUGCCGUCCCCACAAAUGCAACAUGGGUUUUUGAAAAGGAAGCAGACAUUUGUUGCUAAGCAACAUUUAGAGGCCUGGGUCUCUUUCUCACACUAGGUGGAGGGGCAACAGCUGCUCCCAACUUCACUGAAGGACCAGUUGCUUCUAAGAUGCUUUAGCCAGAUUAUAUUUCCUGGUGAUGCCCCUCUGGCCUGGAUGAUGAGCUUGUGGGGGAAUCUGGGAGAGGAGAAAGAGAAGGCUCUUUUUUUGUCUGUUUCUCUCCCUUUGUGUGUCCAUUCUUGUUUCCUACCAGUGCCUUCCCCACAAUCGGGGUGGAGGUUGGUGAGAAAGUAGCUAUUUGGCUCCGAUGCCAGAUUAAAAGCUUUUUUGCUUUGAACUAAUAGGUCCUCUGGUUGGCCUAGUGAAGGAAAAAACAUUGGUAGGGGCUUAUUGUGAGGUCUGGUUGAGGUGGAUGCUAAAUCUCAGAAGCCUGCAAACCUAGCAGAGAUCUCUGGAGGGGCCCAUCCUUCUUUGGUUUUCCUGGCGAGAAAAGAGGCAGCGAGAGACACAGUUUCAUUUCACCAGAGAAUGAGAGAGGACAAGGGUUCUUCACCUGUGCUUAUCGUCUUCCCUCCAAAGCAGCCACAAGUCUAGAACAGCCUCCCCAAUUGGAUCACAGACUCUAAAAAGGAUAUAUAAUUAAUGGCAAGAGCCUUCUUGGGAUGCUGUUUGAUAAUGGGGCUCAGAUCCUCCUGUCUCUGCCAAUGUUUCCUUUUCUAGAAAUGAAAGGUUGAUCUUCCAGGUCUGACUGGAUCAUGACUGAUGUUCAAGGACCAUUCUUCAGGUGGUGGUGGGAGGCAGACAGCAUGGCGGCAGCCUCCUCCACCACCCCCAAGCCUCCCAGUUCUCCCGCUCUCUCACUUGAUCUGUUCUGACAAGGCCUUUUAAAUGCCCAAGCUUAUCCUGUAUCAGCUGAGAAACACAUGACUCCAGAUGGGGGAGAGGUGGCCACAACCUUUCCCGGCCCUUAAUUCUGGAGUUUUCCGACGGGGGCCUCCCCCAUGACCCCCGACACCUCUGGCUAUGCCUCGGUCAUGUGGACUACUUACAUCACCCAUCUUCCCCAGAGCUGGAGUCACUUCAAAAGAAAGUUUGUCUGUUCUCGAGGCCUUCCUAUGACCUCCCAGAGAAGCUGGCCUGGCAGAGAAGGCCUCGGAGCUGGAGUUGGAGUGAACUUCUGUGGUCUUUCAUCUGUAACAGGAGAGCGCCAGGCUAGCUGACGGUCCCUUUUAGUUUUAAACCUCAACAUUAAUCAAGAUGUCCCCAGAACUCCAAGCCCCCCAAAUGGAGAGAUAACCAAAUGACCCCCACCCCUAUUGUACUUCCAUCAUUGCUAGGUGUCCGGUCUUAAAAACCGCUAUGGGAGCUCCCAGGAAGAGGGGCACAAAUGUGGCUCCAUUAACUCAUAUUUCAUUUAUUUGGAAGAGAGCUUAUGUCUUAUCUUGCAUGUCUUGUGAAACUCCAUAUUUGCCUAAUGUCUAGCUGUUAAGCAAAAGAGAAGUGAGACUUUAGGGGCCUGGGGCCCUUUGGGGCCGGGGUCCAGCUGACAGAGAGACCUGUUUCCUGCCUUCACCUAAAAGGACCGGAGCCGGUGAUGGGGCCCGGCCUGGUAUCUGUAGUUAGGGUCACUGCUGGCCCAGGAUGCAGAGGAGAAGAAAUGGGUCAGCCUUGGAGAUGGUCAGUGGCCACUGACUCUGCUGCCAGAGCCUUUCCCUCCCUAACCAGGAGGCCGGGUUUAGCUACGCUUGGCUACAUAGAGGGAGAGAGGAGAUUAGAUUAAAAGUAGGGAGGUGAAUUGUCCAGAAUAAGGGGGGCAAGAAGGAAGGGGUGCGUGGGAGACAGAAUGUGGCCCCGAUUCUCUUCAGUUCUUCCCUGGGUCCUUAAGACACAAAGCUAAAAUGCUCCCAACCUAGCAUGGUUCCCCAUCACAGGUGGCUCCUCACUCUGAUUGACAGCCGGCAGUCCAUGGCCACCGAGGGCUUCCUCCCGCCCCCAGGCCUGGGGACCUUGAAAGGGGCUAAUCCAUCCGUAGCCUCCCUGCGCUGCCCAUUAACCACGGCUGAGUUAAUGACAUCUGCACAUGCGGGGCUUGCAAAAAGGGAAUCGGGCCGGAGAGCCCCCCUCCCCCAGCCGCUCCCUUUCUUUCUUUUUGUCUCUGGGUCAGAGCUGCCAGUUUGGGCAGACAGGAAACGCAGGCGGGGGAUUUUGCCCCGGUGCUCGGGCCGGUUUGUUUGAAAUAACGCUGAUCUUGGGAGCACUCCCCCAGGAAAGAUUUACGGCCGUGACCAUUGGAAAGCGAGCAAAUCCGCCCCGGAGGGAGCCAGAAAAUCAGCCCCCAAAGGAGCCAGAAAAUCCUCCCAGAGAGGGAGCCAGAAAAUCCUCCCCAAAGGGAGCGAUCGGGCCGGCGGGGGGCCUGGAAGAAGCUGCGCCUUUGUCUGCGGGGCGCUCCCGCCGGCUUCUUUGCGCCGUCGGGGAAAGGGUUAACGCACACCUAGUGAAGUUGGGGGAGGGUGCCCACUUCAGGAUUCCUUAAGUAUCUCGAGGGCUCCCUCCAUCUUUCUCACGGCUUUUUAGAAAGAUGGCCGUGUUUCCCAGGUUGGCAACCCCCGCGGAAAAGCAGCCUCCCUCCUCCCCUGCCUCUCUCUGCUGAGCAGCACGAAGGCGGACUGGAAAGCCUCGGGAGCCCAGCGGCACCGGACCAUCUCUAAUCCCAGGCGCUGCGGGCAGGCGGCCAGAUCCACUGGGGCAGGCUCUCUCCGGCGAGCCCCGAUCCCAUUAUCCUCGCUGCCGGAGAAGCGCGGGGCGAUCCCGCUCCUCGCCAGAGAUGGACCGCGGCGCGGGGCUUUGUUCGGGAGCCGAGGCUGCCUCCGAUCGGGGGAUCUCCCGGCUCUAGGAGACCCGCCGUGCUCCGGUUCCGCCGGGGUUCCCCGCGUCCUGCCGAGUUGCCAUCUCCGGGCACCGGGUGUUCUGUGCCAGGAAUUGUCGCCGGUCGCGCUGCGCGGAGCUUUCCAAAAUGCCCGAGGCAAACUAUUUAUUGUCCGUGUCUUGGGGUUACAUCAAGUUCAAGAGAAUGUUGAAUCGGGAGCUGACCCACCUCUCGGAGAUGAGCCGGUCUGGGAACCAGGUGUCCGAAUAUAUUUCAAACACUUUCCUAGACAAGCAGAAUGAGGUGGAGAUCCCAUCUCCCACUCAGAAAGACCGGGAGAAGAAGAAGAAAGAGCAGCAGGUCAUGACCCAGAUCAGUGGGGUGAAAAAGCUGAUGCACAGCUCCAGUCUGAACAAUACCAGCAUCUCGCGCUUCGGGGUCAAGACGGAGAAGGAAGAUCACCUGGCAAAAGAGCUGGAAGACCUGAAUAAAUGGGGUCUCAACAUCUUCAAGGUAGCUGGAUAUUCUCACAACAGGCCCUUGACGUGUAUCAUGUAUGCCAUAUUCCAGGAAAGAGACCUUCUAAAGACGUUCAAGAUCUCUUCUGACACCUUUGUAACCUACAUGAUGACUCUAGAAGAUCAUUACCAUUCCGAUGUGGCUUAUCAUAACAGCCUCCAUGCUGCCGACGUGGCCCAGUCAACCCAUGUUCUUCUUUCCACCCCGGCCUUAGAUGCUGUCUUCACGGAUUUGGAAAUCCUGGCUGCCAUCUUUGCCGCCGCGAUCCAUGAUGUUGACCAUCCGGGGGUCUCCAAUCAGUUCCUCAUCAACACAAAUUCCGAGCUCGCUCUGAUGUAUAACGAUGAGUCUGUUUUGGAAAACCACCACCUGGCUGUGGGUUUCAAGCUGCUCCAGGAAGAGCACUGUGACAUUUUCCAGAACCUGACCAAGAAGCAGCGCCAGACCCUCAGGAAGAUGGUGAUCGACAUGGUUUUGGCAACGGAUAUGUCCAAGCACAUGGGCCUUUUGGCAGACCUGAAAACGAUGGUGGAAACUAAAAAAGUGACCAGCUCUGGCGUCCUCCUUCUGGACAACUACACGGAUCGGAUCCAGGUCCUCCGCAACAUGGUACAUUGUGCCGACCUGAGCAACCCCACCAAGUCUUUGGAAUUAUACCGGCAAUGGACAGAUCGCAUCAUGGAGGAAUUCUUCCAACAGGGAGACAAGGAGCGAGAGAGGGGGAUGGAGAUCAGCCCCAUGUGUGACAAACACACGGCCUCGGUGGAAAAAUCCCAGGUGGGCUUCAUCGACUACAUCGUCCACCCGCUGUGGGAGACCUGGGCCGACCUGGUGCAGCCCGACGCCCAGGACAUCCUGGACACCUUGGAAGACAACCGGAACUGGUACCAGAGCAUGAUCCCACAGAGCCCCUCGCCGCCCCUCGAGGAGCAGAACAGAGACUGCCAGGGGCUGAUGGAGAAGUUCCAGUUCGAACUGACCUUGGAAGAGGAGGACUCGGAGGCUCCCGACAAGGAAGGGGAGAGCGGCGGCUACUUCGGGAGCACAAAGACUCUGUGUGUGAUCGACCCCGAGCACCGGGCGUCUCCGGAGGAGGCGGACGCGGAGACGGAGGCGGGGGACGCGUCCCCCGUGGACACAUAAUGCCCGCAGCCGGCGCUCUCGCUGGGGCGAGACGAACGUUCAGUCCUUCAUGAGCAUGCCGGCGGUCCGGGAGGGCCAGCCUGGGCUCCGGGUCCGAGGCCUUCUUCCGACGAAGGCCAAAUGACCUUUGCGGCGAGUUCCUUGAGAUUGGAGCCAGAGGGAAGAGCGUGAGGGAAUGGCUGGCUGCUCGGGAACCUCGUGAGAUGGCUUGGGUUGGCGUCUCGGGAAGCGGAAACUCUGGUCCUCUCGGGAAGGGGCCGGGACUGCCGCCGGCGGUCCGGGACACCCGCGACGACGCUCAGAGAACUUUUUGUUUUUCCUGCACUCGACUUCGGAAACCUGUCCCGUUAGCGGGCCAGGCCUGACUGACCAAGAGCGCUUUGUGACCCUGCCCCUGUCCUGUCUGCAGACCCGUGUGCCUUUUUUGUACAACGUUUUCACGUCUUUGAAAUGCCUGUUGAAUACCUAGAGUUUAGUAGCAACUUCUGUGCAGAACCAAGUGUUUUGAGGAUUUCUGUACACUUUUUCGAGUCUUUCUGAAAAGGAAAACCCAGCUUCCUUCUUGCACAGGCAAUAUCUUUCACCUUCUUGUCGUUUCUUUGACAAACGAGAGAGGAAGGAUAUUGUUCUUCCCCACCUCCUCUUGCCCCUGCCCCGUCCCCGUCCCCGGGCACCCCUGCUUUCUGCUUGCCUGCUUGCCUUCCACUGAGCUUGCCCACAGAAUAAACUUCACAAGCUGGGAGUCGGGUGGGUGGGGAAGGGCUCCUUGUUCUCCUGCAGGACCGCGGAGGUCCGGGCUCCAUUUGGCGUGAGAAGGCCCCGUUGGCCGUGGCCCCUUGCCCGCAAAAGCUGCACGCUCUCCCUUCCAUUCUCCCCCCUGCUCCUUCUCGUCCAUGGUUAGUUCGCCUCGCCAUCUUUCUCUCGCACUGUCCUGGGCUCUAACACCCUCAUUACUGUUUAUAACAGUGUAUUUAUUACUUAAUGUAUAUAGUGUAAUGUUUUGUAAGUUAUUAAUUUAUAUAACUUAACAUUGCCCGCCAAUGGCGGGGUUCAUGAAAUUUGUGUAGAAAGCUCUACCUAAGAGCUGCACCUUUGUCACCUUUUCUAUGGCAUUCUGGAGAACCUGAACAUAGCUCAAGAGAGACCUACGGACCCCCGGCCCCCUCCCUCCCGCCCCCGCUGACUUCUUCAAGAGAGAUUUCCUCCAUGUGGGGUCAGUCCCAGCUGACGGCCAAACCCCUUUCAAACACUGGUGCCAGAAUGGAGCUCCGGCCCUCGCGUCGGAGCUUGAGAUCGGGGGCACGGGGUGCGUCACCCCGUGCCGAUUCGUGUCACCCACUAACCUACACCGCGGCUUCCGUCCCCAAAGCAACACUACGUACGUCCACACAGGCUGGUCCCCCGACACCAUCCAAACUACUGAGAUGCUCGAGGAAGCCGCGUCGGGGCCCGCGGGAGGAGACGCCCAAACCAGCUGCUUCGCUGCAAUGUGAAUUUCGAUAGCAGAAUGUGAACGGAUGCCCUGAUUGGGCUAAUGUGAAGCUUCUCCGGAUGAGCCGCGGGAGGCGCGUCCAUCCCGCCCGGGCCUGUCUCUGCCCGCGAGCCCGCGGCCAGUCCCGGGACCCGAUGGCUGGACGUACCUGCCCACCCGUGCACGGUCCGGGGGUCUGUGUGUCUGUCCCGCACUGCGUUGUUCCAGGUGGACGUUUUAUUGUUUUCCAAAGUUUCUCACAAUGUAUGUUAUGGUAUUAUUAUAAUUAUUAUUAUAUAUUGUGUUCAGAUGCAUUCUCGAGAGAUUUUUAUAUGAAGUAAAUAAAUGAAAGCAUGACCCAA